AUUAAAGUAAAAAAAAAAACUAGUUAAUUUUUACAUUUCUCAUAUUAGUUAAUUAGUUAAUUGCUACAUUUUUACAUUUCUCAUAUUAGUUAAUUGCUACAUAUCUCAUUAAAAUAACAAAACUAGUUAAUUUUUACAUUUCUCAUAUUAGUUAAUUGCUAAUAUUUGUUCAAUUUUAAAGAUGGAACAUGGUAGACAUUCUGUAGAUGUGGGUAAUCUCCAACGCAACCGCAAGAGGGAGAUUGCAUCGACUCGAUCUACUUCACGCAAAGGCAAAGGUAAAGCGCGGGCCGAGUCUUCUUUUCAAAGUCGAGAUGAUUUUGAAACGGAUUACCAACGGCGAGAUGGUAUGAUGAUGUCCGACGAGGAACUACAACACCUAUUGUCCCAAAAUGAUCCACGUUUUGCACAAGAACAACAAUUCCCGACAACCAUCGAUGAAGAGGAGCUCGAGGAUGACGAUGGGGAGGAGGACGCGGGGGGCGACGGGACUCCGGAUGAUGAGCAAGAGGACGAGGGUCCUUCAACGACUACAACCCAAAUUGGUAAGAAAUCUAAAUCUCCUAUUAUUGAAAACAAUUAUACAAAAAGGAAAGACGAAAAAACCGAAAAAUGGUACGCAAGUUGCAAUCAUUGCAAGAAAGAGUUUAGCUUGGGAACUUCUGGCGGAUACGGGAGUCUCAAAAGACAUCUUCAGUCCGCCCACUUUGUGGAGUAUGCGAAAAUAGAGAAAGGAAAGGGGAAGCAAACACAAAUAUCAAGGUUUGCAAAUUCUCAACCCUUUGGUAAUUUUUCCUAUGAUGAUAAAAAACAUUUGACUGGUAUGUCUCAUUUAAUUGUUGAAGAAAAUUUACCCUUUAUUUUUUCCGAAAGUCUUGCUUUAAGAGAUUAUGCUCAAGGUACUUUAAAUCCUCAAUUUAGAAAUUAUAGUCGCAAAACGAUUAAAAAAGAAGUUAUAAGGCAAUAUAACUUGGAAAAAGAAAAAUUACAAAUAUUUUUCGCAAACUUUGAUGGACGUGUUAGUAUUUGUAGCGAUAUAUGGGAGGAUACUUAUCAUCAUUUAUAUUAUUUGGGUCUAACUGCACAUUAUAUUGAUGAUGAUUGGAAUAUGCAUAAACGUGUUCUUGCUUUUCGUGAAUUCAAUGAUCGUCACACUGCUGAUAAUAUUUAUAUUCUCAUUGAACAUAUUUUAAUUGAGUAUAAUUUGAUUGAUAAGGUGUUUGAUGUAGGUUUUGAUAAUGCUAGUAAUAAUACUGCUGCUAUACCUAGAUUACGUGAAUUGUGUGGUGCUUCUACAUUGAUGGGUAGAUUUUUUCAUCAACGUUGUGCAUGUCAUAUUCUAAAUUUGUGUGUACAAGAUGGCUUAGCGGCAUUAGGAAAUGCUUUGGAGGUAGUGAAGGGGGGAAUUAAAUUGAUUUGGGCUAACACUCCACUAAAAAUGCAAUGGCGGCAAUAUUUGAAGGAUAGACGUGUGAAUUAUUGUGCUUUUCCUAAAGAUUUGUCUAUUCGUUGGAAUAGUACUUAUAAUUUAAUUCAAGUACUUGUUAUAUAUAAAGAUCAUUUUCCAGCUUUUUUAAGACAAACUUGUAACUAUAUUAUAAACCCGGCUGACAUCGACACUUGUGAAAAAAUUGUUAAUGUUUUGGCAUAUUUUAAUAACGCAACUCUAACUUUUAGUCAUGUUUAUAAACCUACCGCAAACGAAUUUUUUGUUGAAGCUGUUAAUCUCGCCGGCGCUUUUUGUGAAUUUUCCGACGCCACUUACGUUAGUUAUUUUUGUGAUUUCAUGAAACAAAAGUUUUUAAAAUAUUAUUCACAUAUUCCGCAUAUAUAUGGUAUUGCAUUUGUUCUUGAUCCUCGUUAUAAACUUCCUUACUUGGCAAAUUGUAUAGAUUACUAUUAUGCUUCUUUUUUUUCCAACUCAAGAGUUCGAUGAUAAUCCCAUCGACCCUAAACAAGAAUUCAACGAGGUUAGUAAUUUAUUUCAUCAAUUGUAUAAUGAAUUUCAUGCACAAUAUGGUAAUGCACCCCCUCCCAUGCAACGAACAUCUUCUUCAUCUAAAGAAAAAUCACUUUUAAAAUCCGCUUUUGGUUCUCUUUUGAAAAAAAGUAGAGCAACUCCCGCUACUGAACAAAGCUCAGGUAACGAGCUUUCUUUGUAUCUAACAUUGAAUGUUGAUUAUGAAGUUGGUGAUGACUUUGACGUUCUUAAGUGGUGUAAGGAAAAUGAAAGAACAUUCCCGAUUUUAUCAAAUAUGGCUAAGCAAGUACUAGCAAUGCCGAUA